AUGACGGCGCACACAGCUCAGUGUUUACAACCGGCGAGACCAGACGGCAGCCACCUCCACCCCUCAUUCACUACUUCGUCAUCAUCAACCCCCUCGCCACCUCGACAAACGCCAUGGCCCAUGGACUUCAUUCGCGACCAUGCCUGUUCCUCUCCGUCGUCCCAUCGCCGGUACCGUUUGGAAGCCACCUCCUCGCCUCACCACCGAUCAAGCCCAGCCCUCAGCCACCGCUGCAGUUGUCCAUGA